GCGGCGACGCCCCUCUCUCACCGCAGUCGUCGCUCGGCCCGUGCGCGAACGAACGUACGCGAACGAACAACCGAACGUUCUUCGGUGCUCGAUUUAGACCACAAUGUAAAACAAACGUAGCAUAAUAACUCCAUAACCGGUUUCCGUAGCAACCGCUAGUUUUACCCGACUAAAUUAAAAACGUAGUUAUUUAACCGCAAACUUGCAUCGUUGCGUUGUUUUGUCCACAAUUACAGUUUUCACACCUGAAUUUGUUUAUAUUUGACACUACAAGUUAUUAUUUGACGUUGUGUUGAUUUAUCGCCAAAGCAUAAUAAUUAAUUAGAAUUGUGACCUUGAUUUAAGUUUGAACAAUACACGUGAUAUUGCAUACCAAAAAUGACUCGAAUGAUGGAAUGGUCAAAUAAAGAAGUGAUACGAUUAGUAAAAGCGUAUAAAGCGAAGAGAAUGCUAUGGGAUCCUCUCCACGAUCUUUACCACGUCCAGACUGCGAAGUACGAAGCGUGGUGUGAGCUAGCAGAACCCUAUGGAUGCGAAAUUGUGGAGUUAAGAAAGAAGUUUAACUCGAUUUUCGCGUCGUACCGCCGCGAAAAGGCGAAAAUUCGCACGGGCGGAACCUCUUUCUGGUUCCUUUACAAGUAUCUGAGCUUCCUUCCGAGCCAUAUGGACCAAGAGAAAUCCGAAAAGGCAAAGAAAACCAGUAAGAAACCUCUUUCGGAAGAACCGGACGAGCCGCCAGAUGAACCGCCUUCAGAUCCCGAAGAGUACGAAGACAUCGGCAGCAGUAGCCCAGUCCAUAUAAUAGUAAAAGAGGAAACGGAAAUCACACCUCAAUCCCCACCAAGGUACUUCCUCACUAAACCUAAUACCACCUUAAUCCACAAAAGAAGAAGAGAAAAAGAGGACUUUGAUAAGCAGAAUACAAUAGAAAGCAAACUCUUGAAACGAACCAAAUUGUAUAAGAAGAAGGACGAAUGCGACAGCUUUGGUGAAUACAUAGCUAUUGCGCUGAGGAAACACGACGAUAAAACGAAAUCGAUGAUAAAACAAGCUAUUAAUAACAUACUAUUUGAACAGGAGAUGAAGAAAUACAAUUCUGGACAGUAUGCUGUGAUCUAUACGGGAGUUGAAGAAAACCCGCUCAUUGUACCCAAUGACUGCGAAAAUAAAUGUUGAUUUGCUAAAACUUUA